AUGAAAAACAACCCCGACUUAGAGAAAGACUAUAUAUUUAAUAGUUUAGUCAAAAGAGACAAACAAGAAAGAAUGCCAGGCUUCAAACUUAAGAAAGGUGACAAAGUAAAAAUAGAAAUACCUAAACGCGACCCAUAUGAAAAUACUAUUGACUAUGACAACAAUGGGAACUCGACAGGUACUCGCAUUCGUGUUCGUAAAAAUAGAAGAAAGUAUACAAGAGAAUAUUAUGAAGUUUUAGGCAAACAUGGCAAAAUGUACAAACUGCAAGCAGAAGAUAAAACUACUAUUGUCAGACCUCGUUUCAAACUUGUUAAGGUUCAAGGUGGUAUACUUUCAAAGACAGUUCCUAACAAAUAUAAGACAACUCCAGACGAAUAUGCUAAAGAAGUUGAAAAUGACGACUAA